AUGCGUGCUUGGAAUUUCAGCACCGCGGGUGACCCAUCCUCUGUUCUUUCUUUCAGUGCCUCAUUCCCGACGCCACCGUCCCCAACAGGGUCCCAGCUCCUCGUGCACAUCUCCCAUGCGGGCCUAUCUUCGGCUGGUCUUAACUUGAUGCGACAGAUCCCGUCUUCCUUUCGGAUGAAUGCCGUUCCUGAAAUCGACUUCUCCGGUCGCGUCGUAUCCGCCGGCCCCUCAGUUCCAGCCCGCUUUUCCCCCGGUACGGCCAUCUUCGGGACUGUUUCCAAGAGCGCCAGCGUAUUGUCUGGUGUAGGAGUGUUGGCCGAGUAUGUCCUGGUCAAGGCCGACUGCGUGGCCGUUAAGCCAGUGAAUAUGAGCUUUGCCGAGGCUGCUGGCUUGAGCGGUUUAGGGCAGACUGCGCUGGAAAUGAUCAGGCGAGGUGAAGUCAAGCAAGGGAAGCGUGCCCUCAUCAACGGUGGGAGUGGCGGUGUCGGAAUGGUUGCGGUGCAACUAGUAAAGGCAUUAGGUGGAUAUGUUGUGGCGACUUGCUCUGGGCAGAAUGUUGACACAGUAAAGAGCCUGGGCGCCGACGAGGUCAUAGAUUACGCCAGCGUGGAAUCAUUACCGGAGCAUCUUGCUCGAACAUAUGGGAGUAGCCAAUUUGAUGUCAUCCUCGACACAGUUGGAUCUCAAUCCUUAUACAAAUCCUCACCCAAAUAUUUGAAAGCUGGAUCGCCUUUUGUCAACGUCGGUACCACGCAAGAUACAAGCCAGGCCGGAAGUAUAUGGCGUUGGGCAACAAACUCCAAUCUUCCAGCUAUGCUGGGUGGUGUUCCGAGGAAAUAUAUCAUGUUCAGCGCCCCUCUUAGCGGAAAAGGUGCAGAGACGCUGGCCACGUUCGUGGAAGAAGGCAGCUUGAAGAUUAUUAUCGAUUCAACCUUCGCACUGGAAGAUGUCCUUGAGGCAUAUGAACGGGGUACGAGUAGGAAAGCUCGUGGCAAGGUAGUUAUCAGGAUCGGGGAUUUCGAUAACGAGAAUAUCACAUACUGA